AUGGAGCGGAAUAUCGAGAUUUAUGCUAGCAAGCUGGGGGAUGAGAAGCUGGAUGUGAAAGUCAGAGCCAAUGUCGCAACCGAGUUGCGAGACAGCAUUGAGCCGCUAUGCUCCGGUGCAAGCUACCCUAUCUUCCUGUCCAAGCUAUGGCCGGUCUUCAAGACAAUUUUGAAGGGAGACCCUGUCUUCUUCAGCAUGUCAUACGAGCAGAAAUUACGAAACUGUAUAUUUGAGACUCUACACCGUCUGCCGAUGAACUCGCCCGAUGUUGAACCCUACGCUGCGGAUAUGGUUGACUUGUUGAUGGAUCUUGCGCGCAUCGAAAACGAAGACAAUGCGGUUCUGUGCAUGAAGACUAUCAUGGACCUGGAGCGAAAUCAAGCAAAGGCCACCUCGGCACGGGUGCAACCUUUCUUGGAGCUGAUCCAGGAGAUGUUCCAGACCAUGGAGCAGGUGGUGCGGGAUACAUUCGACACACCAAACCAGGCGACCCCUUCCGGAAUGCCCUCAACCCCGAAUGCAAGCGCCCAGAAUUUCCAGUCACCCCGACCUAGCUCUCCUGCGACUUCGGUAUCAGACCUUGGACCUGAGCAGCAGUCCAGCAAUGUCAUCUUGAAGGGCAUGCAAUCGUUCAAGGUCCUUGCGGAGUGUCCAAUCAUUGUCGUCUCAAUCUUUCAAACCCACCGCGCUUCGGUAGCGGCGAACGUCAAGCUUUUUGUACCGCUGAUUAAAACGAUCUUGCUGCUGCAAGCCAAACCGCAAGAAAAGGCACACGCAGAUGCUGCUGCGCAGGGUACGAUCUUCACCGGAGUUUGCAAGGAGAUCAAGAACAGGGCCGCAUUUGGGGAGUUCAUCACUGCUCAAGUUAAGACGAUGAGCUUUUUGGCAUAUCUCCUGCGACUAUAUGCCCACCAACUCCAGGAUUUCCUUCCCACCCUUCCUUCUGUCGUCGUUCGCCUUCUCCAGGAUUGUCCUCGCGAAAAGUCCGGUGCUCGAAAGGAGUUGCUCGUUGCGAUUCGACAUAUUAUCAACUUCAACUAUCGCAAAAUCUUCCUGGAGAAGAUUGACGAGCUUCUGGACGAGCGAACUUUGAUAGGUGAUGGCCUGACCGUCUACGAGACCAUGAGGCCCCUGGCGUAUAGCAUGCUGGCGGACCUAAUUCACCAUGUUCGUGACCACCUGAGCCGUGAUCAGAUUCGCCGCACCGUAGAAGUCUACACGAAGAACCUUCACGAUGACUUCCCUGGCACUAGUUUCCAGACGAUGAGUGCCAAACUCCUUUUGAAUAUGGCCGAAAAGAUUUCCAAACUGGAAGAUAAGCGAGAAGCUCGCUAUUUCCUUAUCAUGAUCUUGGAUGCAAUUGGUGAUAAGUUUGCUUCCAUGAACCACCAAUUUAAUAAUGCCGUGAAGGUUUCCAAAGCCUACAAGGAAAGCCGCAAGAACACAGCGCCAUAUGCUGAGAAUUAUCUUGCCGAGAAGGACCAACCUCCGGACUGGGAUGACAUUGAUAUUUUCUCCGCUUCUCCCAUCAAAACCUCUAGCCCGCGCGAUAGAGGUGGAGACCCUGUUUCGGAUAACAUCUUCCUCUUCAAGAACCUCAUCAAUGGCUUGAAGAACAUCUUCCACCAGCUGAAGAACUGCAAUCCUGAUGAUAUUCAGAUCGAUCCAAACAGUGUGCCCAUCAAUUGGUCCGAGGUGUCAUAUGGAUACAAUGCCGAGGAGGUUCGGGUCAUCAAAAAGCUCUUCCAUGAAGGUGCUCGCGUUUUCCGAUACUAUGGUGUAGAUCAAUCACCCCCGGAAAUGAACUACUCGUCUCCCUUCGAUUUCCUUGCGAGUCAAUACACUGCACCCAUGUCGCGUGAAGAGAAGGAACUUCUGGAGAGCUUUGGCACAGUCUUCCACUGUAUUGAUACAGCGACAUUCCAUGAGGUCUUCCAUUCGGAAAUUCCAUACCUUCAUGAGCUCAUGUUUGAGCACGGUGCAUUGCUGCACCUGCCACAGUUCUUCCUGGCUAGUGAAGCGACAUCGCCUGCAUUCUCAGGCAUGGUGCUGCAGUAUCUGAUGGAGCGUAUCGACGAGGUCGGAACUUCGGACAUGACCAAAGCGAAGAUUCUCCUGAGAAUGUUUAAGCUUUCUUUCAUGGCAGUGACUUUAUUCUCUGUGCAGAAUGAGCAGGUUCUCCACCCGCAUGUGACCAAGAUCGUCACAAAGUGUAUCGAGCUGUCUGUGACGGCUGAAGAGCCUAUGAACUACUUCCUGCUUCUGCGGUCUCUCUUCCGGAGCAUUGGAGGUGGCCGAUUCGAGCUUUUGUAUAAGGAGAUUCUUCCUCUCCUGGAGAUGCUCCUCGAGACCUUCAACAACCUGUUGCUUGCUGCUCGCAAGCCUCAAGAGCGGGAUCUCUACGUAGAGCUCACUCUCACGGUUCCCGCAAGGCUCAGCCACCUCUUGCCACAUCUGAGCUAUCUCAUGCGUCCAAUCGUGGUGGCCUUGCGUGCGGACUCUGACCUUGUUGGCCAAGGUUUGCGCACCCUGGAGCUUUGUGUGGACAAUCUCACGGCCGACUACUUGGACCCAAUUAUGGCGCCCAUUAUGGACGAGUUGAUGACUGCACUCUGGGACCACCUGCGACCUCACCCUUAUAACCACUUUCACGCACACACCACCAUGCGAAUUCUUGGAAAGCUGGGUGGUCGUAACCGAAAGUUCUUGAACCACCCACCCGAGUUGUCAUUCCAGAAAUAUUCCGAUGACAAUCCAAGCUUUGACAUUCGCCUCAUUGGCCCCAGUGAAAAGCGUCCUUUCCCUGUGGAGGUUGGCAUCGAUUUGGCCAUUGGCAAAUUGAUGGAAGUUCCCAAGUCGAGUUCAGAAAAGCCUUCUUCAGAUUCGGCUCUGGCGUCCGACAAGUACUACAAACAGCAGGCAUACCGCAUGCUCAGCUCCCACCUUAAGCUCCAGAUCGGAUACGAGAACCUCCCCGACGACCUGGCGUCCUUGAUUCGUCUCCAUGCAAAUGACCUAUUUGAAGGCAAAGCUGGUGCUAUGGCCGAUAUUAUGGAGAAAUCGGAGAGAUCAGCCUCAAUGCCAAAGAAGGUGGCGCAGGAAGCCACUUUGAAGAAGCUCCUCAAGGCCUGUAUCUUUGCAACAACUAUCUCUGAUCUUGAGCCCGCUGCGACUGCUUUCGUGGCUGAUGUCUGCAAGCACUUUACUGUUGUGGAGGUUGGUCGUGCUCUGGCUCAAGCCCGCCACAACCGCAAGCCGUUUGAUGUUGCAAAUGGCGAGGGUCCCGCCUACCUUGAUUCUCGGAUCUUAGCCGACGCAAUCGUGGAGUCACUCUCGUCAGACCACAUUCAAGUGCGAGAGGCAGCUGAAAAAGCUAUGCUGGUCAUAAAGGAAGCCGCAAAUGUUAUCUUUGGUGCCCCCGACAAGGCGGCCAAGCUUCCAUUCUUCCAGCAUUUGGGACGUGUGUUUUGUCACAGCUGUCACAGCGAGGAGUGGUUCACGAAAGCGGGUGGAAGCCUGGGCAUUAAUCUUCUUGCCACUAAGUUGGACCUUGGAGAGUCUUGGAUCUAUGAGCGACAUGUCGAAUUCUGUCGCGCCCUCUUGCAUGUCAUCAAGGAUACUCCUGCAGAUCUCCCUGCUUCCACGAGGAUCCAGUCCCAGGACACUAUGGCCUUGAUCCUCAAAAUGUGCGGCAAGCUUAUUCCCAAGGAUGAUCUUAAGAACGAGAAGAGUCGCCUCUUUACCUUGUGUGGCUUCUUCGUCUUCGAACUUGGACACAUGAACAAGUACGUUCGCGAGACUUGCCGUGUUUGCUUCGACACUUUGAAGGAUGAGCUAGGCUGUGAAGUACACGAACUCAUCUUUCCUGUGAGGGAUCGUCUUCUCCAGUCGAUUUUUAACAAGCCGUUGCGCGCUCUGCCCUUCCCAACGCAGAUUGGCUUUAUUGAUGCCAUCACCUAUUGCUUGAGCCUGCACAACGAGAUCGUCACUUUCAACGAGCCGCUUAACCGAUUAAUGCUGGAGUCUCUUGCUCUUGCUGACGCCGAUGACGAGUCACUUGCCUCCAAGCCCAAUGAGUUCAAGAACGCAGAGAUGAUUGUCAGCUUGCGUGUUGCCUGCCUGCGUCUUUUGUCUAUGGCAAUGAACUUCCCUGAGUUCGCCAAUACGCCGCAAAAUACUAGCCGUGCACGGAUCAUCUCCGUAUUCUUCAAGUCGCUAUACUCGAGAUCUCCCGAAGUCAUUGAAGCAGCCAAUUCUGGCCUGAAGGAUGUUCUUACUCAGACUAACAAGCUGCCCAAGGACCUCCUCCAGAAUGGCCUCCGUCCAAUUCUCAUGAACUUGCAGGAUCCCAAGCGCCUGAGCGUUGCAGGUCUUGAUGGACUCGCCCGGCUGUUGACCUUAUUGACCAAUUAUUUCAAGGUUGAGAUUGGUGCUCGUCUUCUGGAUCACAUGAAGGUCAUUGCCGAUGAUUCCACCCUGCAGAAGGUUUCUUUCAGCCUUGUCGAGCAGAACCCUGCCAUGAAGAUCGUGGCCGCAAUCUUUAAUAUCUUCCACCUUCUUCCCCCUGCGGCCACUUCAUUCAUGGACCACCUUGUCAACAAAGUGCUUGAUCUCGAGCAGAAGCUCCGAAGAACCUCGCACAGUCCUUUCCGGAAGCCCCUUGUCAAGUACCUCAACCGGUAUCCCAAGGAAAGUUUGGCUUUCUUCCUGGCACGUUUCAAGGACGUGCGCUACGGACGCUUCUUCGGACAGAUUCUGGCGGAUGCUGAGAGCGAAGCGCUUCGCAAUGCAGUUGUGGCUGACACUGAAGGAUUCACAUCCAACGCGUUUGGAUUAGAGGCUGAUGGCAAGAACACUGCUGCAAUCAAUGGAAUCUACGUUGUCCACUCCGUUUGCUCUUACAGCUCAACCAAGCGUUGGUUGGUCGACCAUGCAGACUUGAGGUCAAAGCUUCUGACUGCCGGACGAGAGCUGGAGCGGAAGCUUCGUGGCGACAGCUUGCCGCCUGAUGAGCGUCUCAGGGUGGAACAAGCCGAGGAUCAGUUGAUGGAUGUAUUCACAGUCUACCUGGCCGAGGCUAGCCAUGAUCUUGAUUUCCUCUUCGAGGUCAUUGAUGGCCUGUCUGCUGAUGAGCUCAAGCGUACACUUGCCCUUCCUAAGUUCAUCUACAAGCACAUCAUCACCAAUGAGUCCAUUGACUACCGCCGAUCUGUCAUCAUGCGUUGUCUGGACCUCUACGGCCAACGGGCUUGCUCGCAGAGGACCAAGACAUAUGCAUUCCGUCACCUGGUCAAUCCUAUUUUCGCUAUGGAUGUCCAGCUGACGUGGAGCAGCGCCAACAACGGCCCUAGACUGAUGGAUAAGAGCAUGACCGAGUCCAUACAGAGUCGCCUGUGGAAGCCUCAACUGGCCGACCUCAGCGAAGAGUCUAGCCAAGCUGGUGUUGAUCAUUCUCGGAUGGAGCUUCUCCAGCUUUCCGCUUUGCUGAUCAAGUACCAUGCGCAGACUGUACAGGAUUCCCGCAAGGAUAUCAUCAAGUUCGCUUGGAACUACAUUCGUCUCGAGGACAUCAUCAACAAGUAUGGUGCUUACGUCCUGAUCAGUUAUUUCAUUGCCCACUACGAGACUCCUUUCAAAAUUGUCAUUCAAGUCUACGUUGCCUUGUUAAGAGCUCACCAGAACGAAGGCCGAGCUCUUGUCACACAGGCCCUCGACGUUUUGGCUCCUGUUCUGCCCACACGAACAGCAGGAAACCAAGGACCAGAGGCACGGUAUCCGCUGUGGGCCAAGUGGCCUCGCCGUAUUUUGGCCGAGGAAACUGCCAAUUUGCAGCAGGUGAUGAGCAUCUUCCAGUUCCUGGUGCGACAGCCAGAUCUGUUCUAUGAGUCUCGGGAGCAUUUUGUGCCUUUAAUUGUGCCAUCGCUUAUCAAGAUUGCUGGUCCGCCCAACACCUCGAAUGACAGCAAAAAGCUGGCUCUCAACCUGAUCGGGCUAAUUUGGCACUGGGAAGAGAAACGAGCUCUGGCGACAGAUGCCAACAGCUCUAUGUCUAAUGGCGUCACCGAGUCGCCCAAUGCCAAAAAGCGCAAGUUGGAAGAACCAGAAUCCUCUGCAUCUCCUUCUCUUCCUCCUCCACCUAGCCGAGGCUCUGAUUACACCGUGCCGCCUGAAUUGCGCGCUGCCUUGGUCAAAUAUCUCAUCACUUUCAUCACCACGAUCCCGGAGCGCUUCCAGAUUCCUGCUGCGGACAUCCGUCAAAUAUCCUCAGCCAAACAGACACCACCUGCGCCUACUGCUGAGAUGAUAAGCAAGGCCAUGAACCUUCUUCGACAGCUCCUGUCCAAGGAAUAUUGGGGAGAUCUGGAUAUAGAUCUCUACCAGAAAGUGACGGAGCCCAUCCUCUCCGGCGAGAAAGCCGACAAGCCUGAUGACAAACAUAUCACCGCCAUGAUCAAUGCUCUGCAGGUAUUGCGGGUGCUCAUCGCUACCAAACCGGAUGAAUGGAUCACAGCACGUCUAUCUACCAUUCAGAAGCUCCUCGAGAAGCCUUUGAAAUCCGACAAUCCGGAGAUCCAAGACUGUCUGCAUGGUCUUGAGGAUGAACUGGAGAUUUCUCCUAAGUUGCCCCCUCCAGUUCGUCGUGUUCUUGAGGCCAUCCCAGAUGACACACCUGACGAUGAAGAUGUUAUGGAUACCGAAAGCACUCCGUCAGAAUUCGCAACUUACCUGUCUGCGAUUGCAACCGAGACUCUUUCGGCCAGCAACUAUGUGUCUAGCCUGAACACCCUCUGGACGCUUUCGAAGAUCAAGCCUGCCGAAAUUGACACUCAUGUCCCCGCUGUCAUGAAGGCCUUCUCAACAAAGCUUGCCAAGGAGCAUGUCGCGGCCUCCACCAACCAGAAUGGAGCACAGGCUGCUCAAAAUGGCCAGAAACCUGCUGAAGCAGUGCCAGAUCAGCAGGAGUUCGAGCUCGGCGUUGAUCUCAUUUACAAGACCAUCGAGUUGAUCUCCGUUCGCAUGUCCCACCUUGGUGACCAACGACGCCCGUUCCUCAGCGUGUUGGCUUCCAUUGUGGAGCGGUCGCAGAACAUCAAGCUGUGCAGCAAGGUUCUGGGUAUGGCAGAGGAAUGGAUUUUCCAUUCGACCGAGUCAUGGCCAACUCUAAAGGAGAAGACCGCAGUCCUACACAAAAUGCUUCUCUUCGAAUCUCGUCCUGAUCAGACCAUGCUGAAGAAGUUCCUCGAUUUGGUCAUUCGCAUCUAUGAGGACUCUAAGAUCACCCGCACCGAGUUGACCGUCCGACUGGAGCAUGCUUUCCUGAUUGGCACCAGAGCACAGGAUGUCGAGAUGCGUAACCGCUUCAUGACCAUCUUCGAUCGCAGUUUGACUCGUCUAGCUAGUUCAAGAUUGAGCUACGUACUCACUUGUCAGAACUGGGAUACCCUCUCCGACUCCUUCUGGCUGGCUCAAGCAUCACACUUGGUGCUUGGAUGUAUUGACAUGAACACCACAGCCCGCCUCCACCCCGACGAUUUCACCUUGUAUCCGUCGUCGUUCCUUUUCUCCAGUGGCGAGAAGGAUUCAAGAAAGUCAGAUAUUAUGGUUGAUGGCCAGCUUGAGACAUUUGUUGCCGAGCGCAGGAAAUUCAUGUCUGAUAUCGGCGAUGUUCGGGUCCGUGAUUUGAUGGAACCAUUGUGCCAGCUCCAGCAUACCGACGCGAACGUUGCUUACAAGCUGUGGACUACCCUCUUCCCUAUUUUCUGGUCAACUCUGUCUAAGGAUGACCGUAUCGAUCUUGAGAAGGGUAUGGUCUCUUUGCUUACUCGCGAAUAUCACCAGAGGCAACUAGACAAGCGACCAAAUGUUGUGCAGUCUCUUCUUGAGGGUAUUGUACGCGCUUCUCCCCGAUUCAAGGUUCCUCCUCAUGUCAUGAAGCACCUCAGCCGUACCUACGAUGCCUGGUACAUUGCUGCCACAUACCUUGAAGAGAGUGCCAUCAACCCGAUCAUUGAUACUGCCACUGUUCGGGAAAGCAAUCUUGACGCGCUGGUUGAAGUUUAUGCUGGUCUCCAAGAGGAUGACUUUUUCUAUGGAACAUGGCGCCGUCGUUGCAAGUUUGUUGAAACCAAUGCAGCACUGUCCUAUGAACAACAAGGCAUGUGGGACAAGUCCCAGCAACUGUACGAGAACGCACAGAUCAAGGCCCGCUCUGGUGCUAUGCCUUUCUCGCAGGGUGAAUACUUCGUGUGGGAAGAUCACUGGUUGAUCUGUGCCCAGAAGCUUCAGCAAUGGGAAAUUCUGAGUGAUUUCGCCAAGCACGAGAACCUGAAUGAUCUCUUGCUGGAGUCUGCCUGGAGAAACAUCGAGAACUGGCAGAGCGAGGGCAACCGUGAGCAGUUGGAGUCCUUGAUUAAGUCCGUUUCUGAUGCUCCUACGCCACGCCGCACUUUCUUCCAGGCCUUCAUGGCUCUUCUUCAGUUCCAUGUGAAGAAGGAGAACAUGCAGGACUUCAACAGCGUCUGUGACGAAUCGAUCCAGCUGUCUAUUCGCAAGUGGCUGCAACUGCCUAAGCGUAUCACGAAUGCGCACAUUCCUAUUCUGCAACACUUCCAGCUGUUGGUCGAACUCCACGAUGCUAGCCACAUCUGCGGCAGCUUGGCUCAGACCAACGAACGCAACCUGGACACCAAGUCUGCAGAGUUGAAGCUUCUCCUCGGAACCUGGCGGGACCGGUUGCCAAAUCUUUGGGACGACAUCAACACUUGGCAGGAUCUUGUUACAUGGCGACAGCACAUCUUCCAGCUCAUCAACCAGACCUACCUUGGUCUUCUACCCCCCCAGACAAACAAUGUGGCCAGCAACUCGUAUGCCUACCGAGGAUAUCAUGAGACGGCCUGGAUCAUCAAUCGCUUCGCCCACGUCGCUCGCAAGCACCAAAUGCCCGAGGUGUGCAUCAACCAACUCAGCCGCAUCUACACGCUCCCGAAUAUCGAAAUUCAGGAGGCUUUCCUCAAGCUGCGCGAACAAGCCAAGUGUCACUACCAGAACCCGAAGGAGCUGAACAGUGGAUUGGAUGUAAUCAACAAUACCAAUCUCAACUACUUCGGACCGCAGCAAAAAGCCGAGUUUUAUACCCUUAAGGGUAUGUUCCUUGCUAAGCUCGAUCAUACCAAUGAGGCCAACGAAGCAUUCGGAGUUGCUCUAUACUACGAUCUCCGCCUCGCCAAGGCCUGGUCUGAAUGGGGUCAAUACAGCGAUCAGCGAUUCAAGCAGAAGCCGGAUGACUAUGAGUUGGCUAGCAAUGCCGUCAGCUGUUAUUUGGAGGCUGCAGGUCUCUACAAGAGCGCUAAGUCGCGUAAGUUACUUAGCCGGAUCUUGUGGCUGCUUAGCUUGGACAACGAAGAGAGCCAGAUUGCCAGCGCGUUCGAAAACUUCAAGGGAGAUACUCCCGUCUGGUACUGGAUUACUUUCAUUCCUCAGCUUUUGACCAGCUUGUCUCACCGCGAGGCACGACUGUGCAAGGCUGUCCUUGUCAAGAUCGCCAAGCUGUAUCCGCAGGCUCUCUUCUUCCUCUUACGCACGAACCGAGAGGACAUGCUGAGCAUCAAGAAGCAGCAUGACCAGAAGCAGGAGAAGCUGGCCCGGGCUAGACAACAGCAUCAGCAAGCAUCCUCGCCGAGUACCAAGCCGCCAGCAAGUGGAGAAGCCUCUCCUGCCCAGAAGGCUGUUACCAGCGUCCCUAGUGCCUCUCCUGCUAACCAAGCUGCGAACCUGCCUACCGCUCAAUCCCCUGCCCAGAACCAGGCACAGAGCCAGUCUCCGGCCCUAGGACAAGGCCAAAGCCCAACUCCAGGCCAAGCCGGUCAGACUCCAGCUCAAGCACAAGCACACCUCCAAGUACCAGGUCAAACCGGAACUCCACAACAGAACCAGAACCAAGCAGCCUCCACGGAGCAGCCCGAGAAGGAGCCCCUCAAGAAGCCUUGGGAGUACUCGGACGAGAUCAUGUCCGGUUUGAAGACUGCUUUCCCCUUGCUCGCUCUGUCUAUGGAGACUAUGGUCGACCAGAUCCACAAGAACUUCAAGUGUCCGCCUGACGAGGACGCUUAUCGACUGAUUGUUGCCCUCUUGAACGAUGGCCUGUCCUACGUUGGACGCAUGCCUGGAUCUUACGCGCAAGAUUUCAAACUACCUGCAGCUACCGAAGCCAACAUCACUCGAUUUGCAGAGACAAUUCUUCCGGCACAUAUCCGCAAGUCUUUCGAGGCGGACUUUGUCGUCAAGAAGCCUACCAUGCAUGAGUAUAUUCACAAGCUGCGGCGUUGGCGCGACAAAUUCGAGGAGAAGCUCGACCGUCGACCCCAAUCUGGCUUCCUGGAGACCUACUCGCCCCACCUCAGCGAGUUCCGCUUCCUCAAGUUCGAUGAAGUCGAGAUCCCCGGCCAGUACCUCCUGCAUAAGGACAAGAACCAGGACUUUGUCCGCAUCGACCGCUUCCUUCCCGAUGUGGACCUUGUUCGCGGUAUUGGAGUGUGUCACCGCCGUCUCAAGAUUCGCGGCCACGAUGGCAGCAUUCAUGCCUUCGCUGUUCAGCACCCUGCUGCACGCCACUGCCGCCGUGAGGAGCGUAUUCUCCAGCUAUUCCGGAUCUUCAACGGUCUGCUGGCUAAGCGCAAAGAGAGCCGUCGUCGCAACCUCUAUUUCCAUCUUCCUCUGAUGGUUCCUCUGGCACCGCAUAUCCGCUUGGUGCGUGAUGACUCGUCUUACAUUUCUAUGCAAGGCAUCUACGAGGACUACUGCAGACGAGUUGGUAUGAACAAGGAUGAGCCGGUCCUCUUUACGAUGGAUCGUAUGCGUUCUCUGGCAGAGACGAAGCAGAAUCGCACAACCGACCAGCAACAGGUUCUACGCACCGAGAUCUUGACCGCUAUUCAGGAGAAGUGGGUUCCCAGUAACGUGGUGUUGGACUACUUCCAGCAGACUUACCCCAACUUCGCGGACUUCUGGCUCUUCCGGCGACAAUUCGCCUACCAGUACGCCGCAGUUGCGUUCAUGACCUACAUCAUGCACAUUGGCAAUCGGUACCCGAACAAGAUUCUGAUCUCACGUUCGACUGGCGACAUCUGGGGAGCAGAGUUGAUUCCGACCAUCAACCCUAGCAAGGCCAUUUUCUACAACCCAGAGCAUGUGCCGUUCCGAUUCACACCCAACAUCCAGACCCUGCUGGGUCCCAUCGCCACCGAGGGUCUGUUUGCCUGUGCCAUGAUGGCGAUCGCACGUUGCCUGACGGAGCCACGACACGAGCUGGAGCAGCAGCUGAGCGUCUUCGUCCGCGACGAGAUGAUGUUUUGGGCUACUGCCCAGCACCGUGGUGUCCUGCCUGUCCCACAGCUGCGCGAGCUAGUCUACAACAACAGCGACAUCAUCGCCAACCGCGCUGUCAGUCUGGCCAGCCCUCCAGAGGGCAACCUGCCCGCCAACCAAACCUCGAUCGAUUUGAUCUCCCGGGCGGUUAACCCCCAGCACCUUGCUCAGGGCGAUGCGUUGUGGAUGCCAUACCUCUAA